CACGCUCCGGAACACGCGUGUGUCGAGGCGCGUCGAGUGUAGUAACCUUUCCGUUCUCGGAGCACCGGCCGGUCGACCGCCAGGAAGAAUGUCGUGGCUAUUCGGCUACCGCGGUUCGCAGCCGCCGCAGGAUUUCACGCAAUUCGUGCAGCCGCCACCGCCGGCGGGCGACGGUGGAGGCGGCGGCGGCGGCGGCGGCGGCGGUGGUGGUCCACCCCCGAAAGUCGGCGGCACCAUGGAGGCCUACAGAUUCGACUCGAGCGCGCUGGAACGCGCCGCCGCGGCCGCCAAGGAACUCGAACGAUCCAAACAUGCGAGAGAAGCCCUGGAUUUGUCCAAGAUGCAGGAGACGACGAAGCAGGUGGAAUUUCAAACCGAAUUGAAGAAGUACGAGGCCAGCAUCGAACAGCUUAAGGCGGAGCAGAAACGAGUGGAGGGCGAGGAAAGAAGGAAAACGAUGCAGGAGGAGACAAAGCAGCAUCAAAUGAGAGCGCAGUAUCAAGACCAAUUGGCUAGAAAGCGCUACGACGAUCAGUUGAUUCAGCAGCAAAAGAUGAACGACGAGAAUCUGAGGAGACAAGAGGAAUCGGUAGCCAAGCAAGAAGCCAUGAGAAAAGCCACGAUAGAGCACGAGAUGGACCUGAGGCAUAAGAACGAGAUGAGAAAGCUGGAGGCGGAAUUGAAAGCCAAGGCGAAGAUUGACAGAGAAAAUCAGGAUCUCAAUCUGGAACAGAUUAGAUUAAAAGCCUCGGAAAAGAGGAUUACCGUUUUAGAAUCAAUAAAAACAGCUGGUUCAGUAUUAGGCUCGGGUGCCAAAGCCCUGCUGGAGGAUUGGGAUAAGAUCCUCGCGGCGGCGGGCGGUUUGUCUCUCAUAGCCUUCGGAAUAUACACUGCCAAGGGCUCGACCAGCGUGGCGACGCGCUACAUCGAGUCUCGCUUGGGGAAACCGUCGUUGGUGCGCGAGACCUCGAGAUUCACGUUCCUCGACACCGUUCGCCAUCCCAUUCAAGCGGUCAAGAAGCUCAAGAACAAGCAGACCGACGCGCUGUCCGGCGUGAUCCUGGCGCCGAAGCUCGAGGAGAGGCUGCGCGACAUCGCGAUAGCCACGAAGAACACGAAGUACAAUCGCGGCAUGUACAGGAACAUCCUGAUGCACGGUCCGCCGGGCACCGGCAAGACCAUGUUCGCGAAGAAGCUGGCGGAGCACUCGGGCAUGGACUACGCGAUCGUGACGGGCGGCGAUCUGGCGCCGCUGGGCCGAGACGGUGUCACUGCCAUUCACAAGGUGUUCGAUUGGGCGUUGACGUCCCGCAAGGGGCUGCUGUUGUUCAUCGACGAGGCGGACGCAUUCCUGAGGAAACGCUCGAGCGAGCACAUCUCGGAGGAUCUCCGGGCUAUGUUGAACGCAUUUCUGUACAGAACCGGCGAGCAGAGCAACAAGUUCAUGCUGAUGCUCGCGUCGAACACGCCGGAGCAGUUCGACUGGGCGGUGAACGACCGGCUGGACGAGAUGGUGGAGUUCCGUCUUCCGGGCCGCGAGGAGCGCGAGCGUCUGGUCCGUCUCUACUUCGACAAAUUCGUUCUCCAACCGGCGAUCGAGGGUAACAAGAGACUGAAGAUCGCGCAGUUCGACUACAGCUCGCUUUGCACCAAGAUGGCCGAUCUGACGGAGGGAAUGUCCGGCCGAGAGCUGGCGAAACUCGGAGUCACCUGGCAGGCGGCAGCCUACGCCUCGGAGGACGGCGUGUUAACGGAAAAAAUGGUCAUGGACAGGUGUCUCGAGGCCAUUAAGCAGCACAAGCAGAAGGUACAAUGGCAGAGCGAGCAGGAGAAACAGGAGUCGAAGUCGAUAUACGCCACGGAAGACGACGCACUCGUCCGUUCAAAAACUCUGGCGAUAGAGUCGUGUCCCGGGAGCACGGUAGCCCCAGUCUAGAUAAGUAAAAGCGCAAUUGUUGAUAAUCUUUUGAUAGUCAGGUUAAUGGCGGAGCUAGCGCCAGGGGAUGGGGAAGAGUACAAAUGCCGUUUGGAAAAGGAUGAUUCCGGCGAUUUUUGUAUUUAUCAUAAUGCGCAAGCAGGUUUGACGGAGCUCGACGAGUCGCAAAUGUCACUUGUUACAAAUGUACAUUUACAUAGGAUAAUUAAAUCGUAAUUUUACCAUGGCAUUUCA